CUGGCUUCUUCCAGUCUUGCUCUUAUCAGCAAAGAGGAUUUUGCAAAGCCACAGGACAAUGUGUGACCAGCAGAAGCAGCCACAGUUCCCUCCAUCUUGUGUGAAAGGUUCGGGACUGGGGGCUGGACAGGGUACCAAUGGUGCCUCUGUGAAAUGCCCAGCUCCAUGCCCCACGCAAACCUACGUGAAGUGCGCAGCUCCAUGUCCCACUCAAACCUAUGUGAAGUGCCAAGUUCCAUGCCAGACUCAAACCUACGUGAAGUGCCCAGCUCCCUGCCAGACAACCUAUGUGAAAUGUCCAACUCCCUGCCAAACCUACGUGAAGUGCCCAGCUCCCUGCCAGACAACCUAUGUGAAAUGUCCAACUCCCUGCCAAACCUACGUGAAGUGCCCAGCUCCCUGCCAAACUUCUGUCAAGUGCCCAGCUCCCUGCCAGACAACCUACGUCAAAUGUCCAGCUCCCUGCCAGACCCAGACGUUCUAUGUCCAGCGUGCUUCUCCUUGUCAGACUUACUAUGUUCAAGCUCCUCCAAGUGGCCCGACCUCUGGGUACUGUGUCCCUGAUCCAUGCUCUGCUCCCUGUUCCACCAGCUACUGCUGUCUGGCUCCCCGGACCUUCGGGGUGAGUCCCCUGAGACGCUGGAUUCAGCGACCCCAGGACUGCAACCCAGGAUCGUCUGGCUGCUGUGAGAAUUCGGGAAGCUCUGGAGGCUGCGGUUCUGGGGGCUGUGGCUGCGGCUGUGGAUGUGGUAGCUCUGGAUGCUGUGGCUCCGGGUGCUGCUGUUUGGGAAUUAUUCCCAUGAGGUCCCGAGGUCCUGCCUGCUGUGACCAUGAGGAUGACUGCUGCUGCUAAACACACACCAGUCCAACUCCAGAAUGCACUGCCUGCCGCCAUCCCUUCUGGAAUGCGCACCUGCUUCUGACACCCUCUCUGUCAUUGCCAGUGAGGUAGAACCUCGUCACUUUGCCUCUGUGCUUUGCUUCUCUACCAAGGCAGCCUGCCAGAGUUAGUGCAACCCCCAAACUUUGGCAAGAAUAAAGCUCUGAAUGCAAUUCA